UAUUUAUUCUUAACUGUUUGUUUUCCCAUUAAUUUCCUUCUUUAAAAUCCACAGUAAUUAAUAAUAUCUUAUUAAAAUAAGUACUAACGUACAGACGAGUAAUGAAUGAUCCGCCAUAAUUUGAAAAGUAUUUUAGAAGAUUGGCGCGCAACUCUGCGCUUCUUCAAAUUUAAAUAUUCAUAAUGUAAUGAAAAUGUUUUCAAUUUUCAAAUUGAUAUUUAAGCGCAGAAAUUUAUAAGGAAAUGUCUAUUAGAUGUUAUAAAACAAGAAUUAAAAUUAUGUCGUAUUUUGUGACUUCCAAAUUGAAUAUAUGUAUAUAUGUAUAAAAAAUAUAAUAAAAUGAUAACCUAAACGAUACGUGGAUAGAAUUCUGUCAUUAAUCAACAAAAAGUAUUGCCUUGGAGUAAAGAAAUAUGCAAUGUUGUAAUUCUUGUCAUAUGAUCAAAUCUGCGUUUCAAUUAAACAUUCUUAUAAAUAAUUUAUUUAUUUGCAAAGUAAUAUAAUUGAAUAAAUGUAUAGAACUGUGAUAGCAGUAGGAAAAAGCUAUGCAAAAACAUUGGUAGACCUACAAAAAAUGAGUACUGUAGUGACUAACCCAAUAGAAAAUUCAAUAAGGAAAAAGUUGUUGGGUUCUUUAAAUCCAUCUUAUAUUGAAAUAAUAAAUGAAUCAUAUAUGCAUAAUGUUCCUGAAGGAUCUGAAACUCAUUUUAAAGUAAUUGUUGUAUCUGAUAAGUUCAGAGAUAAACCUCUUCUUAAGCGCCAUCAAAUGAUAAACAACUUAUUGCAAGUAGAACUGGAAAACGGCGUGCACGCAUUAUCAAUCGUAGCAAAAACACCUAGUCAAUGGGAAGACAAUAGUAAUGUAGCUCCAAGUCCAGCUUGUCGAGGUGGCUUUGGAAAAUAACGACGUAUAAUGAUUUCAUAUUAUGUAAUUAUGCUUUUCAAAAAUAGAAUUUAACUCUGUUCAAUCAUUAAAAGAAAUGAACAAACAUAAAACACUAUAA